AUGCGUGGAAUACAGGUCAAACAAUACGUGAAGGGCCCUUCCGAGCUCCAAGUCACCACGCUCCCUGAUCCAGUCCCAGCCCCAGACCAAUACCUAGUCGCCAUCCACGGCAGCGCAACAAACUUCUUCGACCUCCUCCAAAUCGCCGGGAAAUACCAGCAUCAACCCCCCCUCCCUUGGGUCUCAGGUUCCGAAUUCUCCGGCGUGGUCCUCCAGGUUCCAUCCAACACACAAAACCGCAAAUACAAAGUAGGAGACAAAGUCUUCGGAGCCUCUCAGGGCGGAUACGCGACGAAGGUCGCCGCAAAGGAAGAGAACCUGAAGCCUGUCCCUGAGGGAUGGAACUUCGUCGAAGCAGCGGGUCUGUUCGUCACGGCGCCGACCUCAUACGGCGCACUGGUGACACGCGCGGGGGUUAAGAAGGGCGACUAUGUCCUUGUUCACGCUGCGGCGGGAGGCGUUGGGUUGGCUGCUGUGCAGAUCGCGAAGGCAUACGGUGCAACUGUUAUUGCCACCGCAGGAACAGCACACAAACUUGCCAUCGCGAAAUCCUUCGGCGCCGACUAUGCGCUUGAUUAUAGCGACCCCAACUGGCCGACCCAAGUCAAGAAGCUCACUCCCAACGGGAGAGGUGUGGAUAUCGUCUUCGAUCCCGUUGGCUUAAUCGACAAGAGCACCAAAUGCAUAGCGUGGAAUGGACGCUUGCUGGUUGUUGGCUUUGCCGCGGGGAGUGUCGAGAAGCUUGCGCUGAAUAAGGUGUUAUUGAAGAACAUUAGCAUUGUGGGCAUUCAUUGGGGAGCGUAUACAAAUAACGAGCCCGAGGCGAUUGAGCCUGUGUGGAACGGCCUUUUCAAGUUAAUUAAGGAGAAGAAGUUUAAGCCGACUGUAUUCACGGAUAAGGAAUUCGUGGGCUUGGAGAGUGUGCCGGAGGCGUUGAAGACACUGGGGAGUAGGGGUACUUGGGGGAAGGUCGUGGUCAAGGUGCCACAGGACGGGCAGAGUAAGAUAUAG